AUGAGUGAUUCGCUUGGCAGCGCAGCGCCAUCCGGCGCCAAAGAUGCCGUGCUAGUCCAGUCGGAAGCGAUGCCCGAGGGCACGCAGCAGGUCGAGGACUUUGACUUCAACAAGUUCACUGGGCCAGUCACAGCCGAGGACCUACUCAAAGGCAUGUCACACAUGGGAUUCCAGGCCUCUUCGAUAGGAGAAGCACGGGAGUGGAAAGACCCAGAGACGGGCGAUGGGACAACCAUUUUUCUCGGGUACACAUCCAACAUGAUCUCCUCCGGCCUUCGAGGUAUCUUCCGGUGGCUUGUCGAGCACGAGCACGUCUCCGCCAUUGUGACGACGGCGGGCGGCAUUGAGGAGGACUUCAUCAAGUGUUUGGGCGAUACAUACCUCGCGUCCUUCAGCGCUGUGGGCUCCGAACUCCGCAAGAAGGGGCUGAACCGGAUAGGCAACCUCGUGGUGCCCAACGCAAACUACUGCGCGUUUGAGGACUGGGUGGUGCCGAUCCUGGACAAGAUGCUCGAGGAGCAAGAGGCCAGCAAGGGAAUGGACGACGAGAUCAACUGGACCCCAUCUAAGGUGAUCCACAGACUCGGUAAGGAGAUCAACGACGAGCGAUCGGUGUACUACUGGGCGUACAAGAACGACAUCCCCGUCUUCUGUCCCGCCCUGACGGACGGCAGUCUAGGCGACAUGCUAUAUUUCCACACGUUCAAGUCCUCGCCCCAGCAGCUCAAGAUCGACAUCGUGGAGGACAUUCGCAAGAUCAACACCAUCUCUGUGCGUGCCAAGCGGGCGGGCAUGAUUAUCCUGGGCGGCGGCGUGGUGAAGCACCACAUUGCCAAUGCGUGUCUCAUGCGCAAUGGAGCCGAGUCGGCCGUGUACAUCAACACGGGUCAGGAGUUUGAUGGAAGUGAUGCGGGGGCGAGACCCGAUGAGGCCGUCUCGUGGGGCAAGAUCAAAAUCGGUGCGGACAAUGUCAAGGUGAGCUAG